AUGUCGGCCCCCACAAGCGGGCUUGCCAUUUUGGUGGAUGAGAAGCGUGUCAACGAGUUGUUGCAACAGAAGAGUGGCCUGAAGGCCCUCUUGAGGUCAACCUUCAACACCGUGUUGUUUGUUUGCUUCCUCUUGCUCUUCACAUCCCUCGCCCUCAGCGAGCCUCGGUACAAGAUGCGGGCGUUUGAGGGCUACUUGAGGAGACGAUUUGACACAGCAGCUGCCAUCCCUUUGGCGGACGUCUCUUCGGUGGAAACUUUCUGGCAGUAUCACAACGCAUCUUUUAUGCCAGCCAUCUAUGGGGAAGACACUGCGAAGUACUCGUACCCUGGAGCAGUCAUUCCAACUUGGCUGCAAGUCGAGGGGCCGAACUACUUAUAUGGGAUGGGGAGACUACGGAUCCUCAACAUCCAGCCGAAUGUUGACUGCCAGGUUGCUCAGCAGUUUCGGAGCUACUUCCCCUCGUGCUACGGCCCUUUCAAUGCCCAGGCUCUAGAUACAGAGCCCUAUGGCCCUACCAACAGUGAUGGUGUGGCUAGUUUCAUGUUCUAUGAGGACGGUUCCGGUGAGACCUACGAGGGCAUGCUUGCUACUUAUCCUGCAGGAGGAUACGUUCAGAUUUUCACUCCGGAUUACCUCACCACCAACGCCAUGUUCGAAAUUAUGCGGACCGACGGCUUCAUCAGCGAGAAGACCCGUGUGAUCUUCUUGGAAUUUGUCAUCUACAACUUCAAUCUGGGUUUGUACGCUGUUUGCCGGAUAGUGUUCGAGAUCGCUGCAGCGGGAGACUGGACCCAGACCUUCAACGUAGACAUUCUCCUGCAGAGGAACCUGCAGCCUCUUGGGGCCGGCACCACCGAGGAUUGGCUCUUUUUGAUCCUCGAGGCGGCCUUGGUGCUUUUCGUGCUGCGAUAUGUGCUGGAGGAAGCUUCGGAAUUCAUCGGUUUCGAGUCCAAGGGGGGAUCGAGAAUGGUGUCGAUCAAGUGGGAUUACUUUUUGGAUGCAUGGAACAUCUUGGACUGGUUUAACCUGAUCAUGAUGAUCAUCACUGUCUGCUACAAGGUUGACACGUGGUCCAAGGCUGGAGGUCUCUUCGUGACGUCGCCUUCGGACUGGAAUGACGUCACAGAAGAUCUAUACGCUUCCAACUUCCACAGUGUUGCCGCAAAUGUGCGACAGAUACAGAGCCUGGUUGCCUUCAACACAAUCCUCACUUGGUUCAAGGCUGUCAAGUACAUCAACAUCAUUCCUUACGUCACGACGUUCAUGCAGACCGUCAGCAUUUCGCAGCAGAACCUGUGCUCGUGGAUUGCAGUGUUCCUCAGCACCCUUGUUGGCUUUGUUCUGGCAUUCAGCACGGCAUUCGGUGGCGACGUCUCACUUCUUCGAACACCAUUCCAGGCUUUCAUUUUUAUCAUGCUGACGAUUCUGGGCAACAGCGACAUGAAGGUUAUCUACGACGUAGCGCCCUUCCUCGGAUCUCUGUUGAUAGUGAUGUACGUUGUCGGGAUCUUCUUCGUUAUCAUGAACCUCUUCUAUGCAAUAAUUGUCAGCACCCUGUCGGAUGCCAAAAUAGAGGAGGAUGCGAAACAGAAGAAGAAAUGGGCAGUCAUGCGUGACAGGCUAUCGGACACCUGGAAAGCGUUGAAUUCUGGUGGCAAGCUGGAGAAGCAAUUCCGUGCAUGUGUGCCAGGGCUCUACUCUCGGCUGCUAAAACGGCGCAAGAAAGUGGAGCAGCACGAAAAAGCACGGGAUGACAUGGUCCUUGCGAAGCAGAUGAAGAUCAAGAUGCAAGACUCGACUCUUGCCCUGGGCCCCGGGAGCUCCACCUGGGGCCGGCGCCCGAAGCGCCAGCUGGCCACGGUCGCCAUCGAGGACAAGGUGGAGUCCGACAGCGAGGGCUCGGAGCCCGACCUCGGCCCGCUCCGCACCAUGGAUCAGCUCCGGGAUCAGUCCGGCGACGACUUCAUGCAGACCUUUGCUAGCACCGGGUCCUUCCCCAUGCUCAAGGAUGCAGGCGCCACCGAUGGCCAAGAUCUGAAAGAUGAUGCCGUAGAUCUCGUGAUUGACGCGACUCGGCACAUUGCCAACGGGAUCGUGGAGCGGACUCGCGGUGCGCGCGGCGUCCUUCUGCACGAGAUGACCGAGUCGAUGGAGGUGCUCAACAACGUUUCAACUGUGCUGGAGGUUUUGAGCAAGCGAACUCGUGACUUGGAAGCUCAGCAGAGACAGAUCCUGAAGAACCUCUGA